AUGGAGCGUUAUGCCAGGGAGAUGCAGCGCCAUAGGUAUGAGCGGCGGCUCAUGAUUUCCCUCGAGAGAUUGAAUGCACGACAGGAUAUCCAAGCGGUGAUCCGUACCGACGGCGAGGGUGGCAGUCAGAUAAGGAGGGAGAAGAUGAAGACUUUCCCGCCGCCGAUACCCUCGCUCGCUCGCUCGCCGUGCACCGUGCUGAAGAGGUGGCGGACCUCUGACGGCCGACUGGUGAUCACGGAGAAGCUGGUGGACCACCCCCAGUUCUUCAUCGUAGAGAGGUCCGGUGGCCGCCUCACUCUCUUCUACAAAGAGCUGUUUGUAGAAGAGGACAAUAUUGCGGAGCAGAUCGUGCAGCACGAGGAGGAGAAGGGUGAAUGUAAUACCCGAGAGUCAAUUUGGCUCGUCGGAAAACGCAAAGCUUCGCUGGAGUCGGACUGUAAAUCGUCAAAUCGGGCAGUUUCCGGACGUUACAGUGAAGGUCGCGGAAAGGUGGAGGAAGAGGUCUUGGCGGCAGUUGGUGGCUGUGGAAGGAAAUGGUAUAACUUCAGUGACGUGAGAAUGAGCCCUUGUCUGGUUGGCAUGCCGGUACCAGCAAUUAGGCCUGUGCCCUCUUAG